CAGUCCUGUAGGGGACGCACUGCGCCAAAGCGCUUAUUCGGAGUGUUUUCUGGUGUGAAGAAACGAUCGGCGCAUCCACCAACGCGGAAUCUAAACGCCAGGAUGUCUGAUUUUGAUGAAUUUGAGAGACAGCUUUCUGAAAACAAGCAAGGUGACAGUCUAAACGGUCAUGAGCGGGACAAAGAGAACCGGCACCGGCGACGCAGCCCAUCACGCAGCCGCAGCCGAGAGAGGAAAAGGAGAAGCAAAGAGAGGAGAAGCAGGGAACGCCGCAGUGACAGCAAAGACCGCCGCCAUAGACGCAGUGAUCAUACUCAGAACCAUCCCCAAGAAAAUGUCAGCCGUUCUCCUCAACGGGAGAAAAAGAAGAUCAAAAUUAAGAAGUACUGGGAUGUACCGCCUCCUGGCUUUGAGCAUAUUACACCCAUGCAGUACAAGGCAAUGCAAGCUGCUGGUCAGAUCCCCGCUACCGCAUUGCUGCCCACCAUGACGCCGGACGGCCUGGCAGUAACGCCAACCCCAGUGCCCGUAGUGGGCAGUCAGAUGACUCGCCAGGCUCGCAGACUUUACGUUGGCAACAUCCCAUUUGGCAUCACAGAGGAAUCUAUGAUGGACUUCUUCAAUGCCCAGAUGAGACUCGGUGGUCUAACUCAGGCCCCAGGAAACCCUAUCCUCGCUGUCCAGAUUAACCAGGACAAGAACUUUGCUUUCCUUGAGUUCCGAUCGGUGGAUGAGACCACUCAGGCCAUGGCAUUUGAUGGCAUCAUCUUCCAGGGGCAGAGUUUAAAGAUUCGCCGGCCACAUGACUAUCAGCCGUUACCUGGCAUGAGUGAGAACCCCAGCGUAUAUGUCCCGGGUGUGGUGUCCACUGUUGUACCAGACACUAUUCACAAGCUUUUCAUUGGUGGUUUGCCAAACUAUCUCAAUGACGACCAGGUUAAAGAGUUGUUAACCUCUUUUGGACCUCUCAAAGCCUUCAAUUUGGUUAAGGACACUGCUACCGGCCUCUCAAAGGGCUAUGCUUUCUGUGAAUAUGUGGAUGUUAACAUCAAUGAUCAAGCUAUUGCAGGACUGAAUGGUAUGCAGUUAGCAGAUAAGAAGCUGCUGGUUCAGAGGGCAAGUGUAGGAGCCAAGAAUGCCACAAUGGUGAGCAUGGAAUUCAACUUAAAAUAUUUAGCUCCUCCUGCUCAAAAGUUUGUGGACCCUCAAAAUUCUGGCAAAACGCAGGAUUCUGAUGACAGCGACUCAGAGGUGGAGUUUGGACCUCCCCACAAGUAUAUGGUCUGA